CGGCGGUCUGUUGCAAUGAGAAAGCCUCUUUGUGUGCGCAACGUAUAUAAGACAUUUCUGCCGCAGAUUCUUCCUUUGUAAUAAUGUCGGCUGAAUAUGAUAAUAGAGACAAUGGCCCAGAGGGCAUGGAGCCAGAUGGGAUCAUUGAGAGCAACUGGAACCAGAUCACGGACAGUUUUGAUGAGAUGAACCUGCGUGAGGCUCUUCUCAGGGGAAUUUAUGCCUAUGGUUUUGAGAAGCCUUCCGCUAUACAGCAGAGAGCCAUUAUCCCUUGUAUCAAGGGUUAUGAUGUGAUCGCUCAGGCCCAGUCUGGCACUGGGAAGACUGCCACCUUUGCCAUUUCCAUCCUCCAGCAGAUUGAUGUGGAGUUGAAAGGUACUCAGGCUCUGGUUCUGGCCCCCACCAGGGAGCUGGCUCAGCAGAUCCAGAAGGUGAUACUGGCCCUGGGUGACUACAUGGGAGCUAGUUGCUACGCCUGUAUUGGAGGGACCAGCAUCCGCAGUGAGGUCCAGAAGCUGCAGGCUGAAGCCCCUCACAUUGUGGUGGGAACCCCUGGCCGUGUCUUCGACAUGUUGACUCGCAAAAACCUCUCUUCAAAGUACAUCAAAAUGUUUGUGCUCGACGAGGCUGAUGAGAUGCUCAGUCGGGGGUUCAAGGACCAGAUCUAUGAGAUCUUCCAGAAACUGUUAAGCAGCACACAGGUGGUCCUACUCUCUGCUACCAUGCCAGCCGAUGUUUUGGAGGUCACAAAGAAAUUCAUGCGUGAACCUAUCCGAAUCCUGGUAAAGAAGGAGGAACUGACCCUUGAGGGCAUUCGCCAGUUCUACAUCAAUGUGGAGAAAGAGGAGUGGAAGCUGGACACGCUGUGCGACCUGUACGAAACCCUGACUAUCACACAAGCUGUCAUCUUCAUUAACACGAGGAGGAAAGUGGACUGGCUCACUGAGAAAAUGCAAGGCAGAGAUUUCACUGUCUCUGCUCUGCAUGGUGACAUGGACCAGAAGGAGAGAGACUUGAUCAUGAGGGAGUUCCGCUCUGGCUCCAGUCGAGUCCUCAUCACCACUGAUCUGCUGGCCAGAGGCAUUGAUGUCCAGCAAGUGUCCCUAGUCAUCAACUACGACCUGCCAACCAACAGGGAAAACUACAUCCACAGGAUUGGUCGGGGUGGUCGUUUUGGCCGAAAGGGAGUAGCCAUCAACAUGGUGACUGAGGAUGACAAGCGAACCCUGAGGGACAUUGAGACGUUCUACAACACCACCAUCGAGGAGAUGCCCAUGAAUGUGGCCGAUCUUAUCUAGAAUCCACAUGCCCAUCGUCCACCCCUACCCCCCACAUUUUAGAAGUCAAACCUUGUUUCUUAAGUGAUUUGAAUUCCAAAAAACUUCCUUCUGCUAAAUUCCACCUUGACUUAACCCUAUACAUUCUAAGGAAAGGAAGACUGCAGCCAUCACUCCUUCCAAACCUUUGAAAUAGCUGUUUUUUUGUUUGUUCUUUUUUGUUUUUUUUGGGGGGUUUUGGCCGUCAUGUUUUGAAGAAUGCAUUGCUGAUCUGCUUUAUCUGCUUGCCAGUUUCAUUACUCCAUGUCGGCACAUAAAUUCCUCCUGCAGCUAUUUCCCUUGCCUUCAAAACUUGAAGCAUUAAUUUGAAUAUUUCCACAUUGAUGUUUUGCAAACUGAUGACUUAACCACAAAGCAAGUUUUUAAACUGAUUCCAACAAGUUCAAAACAUAUCCUUGUUUCCAAAAGCACAUUAAAAACCAUAAAGUUGUUGGUAAAUGCUUAACAUUAAAUAAGUAACUUGACUCAAUAGGUAACAUAGAUGAUUGAAGCUUUUGUGAAAUGUGGAUGUGAUUUGUACCUGUGCAACAUCAACAUUUGCUGCAGUUCUGGUGACUGAUAGAUGUGAGUACUUAAGACUGCAGUUCAGUUUGGACUCAACAAUGCUCUAAAUAAAAUGGGAAGUGCUGCAUUUGAUCAGCCAGUGUUAAAACAACUUUCAGUGUACUUCACACAGCCUCUAACGCAUACAUCCAUCAUGUUGAGAACAGAUUUUGGGGGCUAGAGUACACAGGGCAUACUCAAUAAAAAGACCUGUAUAGUAAAAUCCA